AUGUCCUCGAAACUUUGUUCAAAAUCUGCUUCUACUUCCUCUGAUGAUCAUAAUGCCAAGUCCAAUGAGAAUCGUCAGUCGGCCAAUUUCCCUCCUACGAUUUGGGGAGAUCUUUUCCUCACAUGUCCGGAAAAGAAUAUGGAUGCUACAACUCAACUACAAGAAGAAUUGAAGCAAGAAGUACGGAGAAUGCUCACCACACCUAUGGAUAAACCAUCCCAAAAGUUGCACUUAAUCGAUGCAGUCCAACGCUUAGGUGUGGCUUACCAUUUUGAGAAAGAGAUAGAAGAUGCUUUAGAAACUAUAUAUGGUGACUGCAAUAGUGAUGGCAAUGAUAUCUACGUUACAUCUCUUCGAUUUCGAUUGCUAAGAGAGCAUGGCUUUGAUGUCCAGUGUGAAACAUUUAACAAGUUCAAAGAUGACAAAGGAAACUUCAUGGUGUCCUUGAAAAGUGACGUGAAAGGCUUGCUAGAAUUAUACGAAGCUGCUCAUAUGCGUAUGCAUGGAGAACAUAUAUUGGAAGAAGCACUUGCUUUCACCACCACUCAUCUAGAGUUUGCAGAAACUAGCAUAGAUCAGUAUCCCCUUUCAGCACUAGUCUCCCGUGCCCGAAAACGGCCCAUCCACAAAGGAUUGCCAAGGUUGGAAGCUAGGAGAUUCAUUUCCAUAUAUCAAGAAGAUGGUUCACAUGACAAAACGUUACUGAAGUUUGCCAAGUUGGAUUUCAACUUAGUACAAAAUCUGCACAAGGAAGAGCUAAGCAAGAUUUCUAGGUGGUGGAAAGAUUUAGACUUCAAGAGAAAGCUACCUUUUGCAAGAGAUAGAUUAGUUGAAGGUUACUUUUGGAUAUUGGGAGUGUACUUUGAGCCUCAAUACUCCUUGGCUAGACAGAUAUUGACAAAAGCAAUAGUCAUGGCAUCAACUAUUGAUGAUAUAUAUGAUGCUUAUGGCACAUUUGAAGAGCUUCAGCUCUUUACCAAUGCAAUUGAGAGGUGGGAUAUUAACUGUAUGGACCGACUCCCAGCAUACAUGAAAUUGCUCUACAAGGCACUCUUAGACGUUUAUGGAGAAAUGGAGGAAGUGAUGGCAAAGCAAGGAAAAACAUUUCGUGUCCAAUACGCGAAAGAAGCAAUGAAACAAUUAUCUCAAGCUUAUUUUGUGGAGGCUAAAUGGUACCAUGAAAACUACGUGCCAACGGUGGAGGAGUACAUGACCAACGGAUUAGUAUCUUCUGGCUACAUCAUGGUUGCAAUCACAUCUUUUGUUGGAAUGGGAGACAUUGUGACCAAAGAGAUCUUUGAUUGGGCAUCUAACAAUCCUAAGAUUGUUAGAGCUUCUUCAAUGAUUGCCCGCCUCAUGGACGACAUUGUUUCACACAAGUUUGAGCAAGAGAGAGGGCAUGUUGCAUCGGCCAUUGAAUGCUACAUGAAGCAACAUGGGGUUUCAGAAGAAAAUGCAUGCAAUGAGUUGACCAAGCAAAUCGAGAAUGCUUGGAAGGAUAUAAAUCAGGAAUUGGUAAGGCCACCAGCUGGGGUUCCAAUGCCGGCCCUCACACGGAUUCUCAAUCUUGCAAGGGUGAUGGAUUUCCUUUACAAGGAAGGAGAUGGAUACACCCACGUUGGAGAAGCAGCAAAGGGUGGAAUCACUUCAUUGCUGAUUGAUCCCAUUCCAACUUGA